ACUGCCGGUCCUGGAAAAUCUAACAUUGAUGAAGCAGUUAUGUGAUAAAGCUUUUGAUGCUGAGGAUGGUGCAAAUAGAGCUAACCAAGAAGAAAUCUCAUGUUGGUCUAUCUAUGGAAAAGAUUUCAGGGUUCAGCUCAAUGAGAUUAUAAAAAAUAGUGGAGGUAAAAUUGGUGAAAAGAAAGCAAGAAGCUUACUAUAUGAUUCCAUUACAGAACAGCUUAAUUUACUUCGCAAAAAAAGAUCCCAAGAAUUAGGUUUACAUCUUCCAGAAAUAUCGCGGGAUGCCUUGCGCAAAAAAACACAGAGAGCCGAGAAAAUUUAUAUAUUAUUCGAAAAAAUAGGCCAUGAUAAAAUCAAAUUCAUCAAAUCAUAUAGUGCAAAUUCCAUUUCAAAACUUACUAAUGAUCAAAUUCAAGAGAUUAUAAAUUAUUCUUGUCAGAACGUCAAUACAGAUAAUGCAGAACACCAAAUUUCAUCCGAAAAUACUGAAAUUUCUGAGACCGGCGGUCCCGGAAAAAUCUCAUCUGAAAUAGAAACAGAAUCAAGCGCUUCAACUACUCCCUCUAUCUCAUCAUCAUCUCAUACAUCUAGCCACGAAUUGACUGCCUCCGGCAAUUCAGAAACGAUUCCAGAAGAAGAGACAGAGUCUCGAGUUUCCAACUCAUCAACCGAGAUACAGGCAAGU